ACCCAUGGAGUCCCAAACCCAUUGCCAGAAUCCAAAAUUAAAAGCAUCGAUUUGACCUCGGCAUCAUCCCACACCCCCCCCGCGCCCCGGCCUGCAUCCCCUGCAGGAUCCCCUUCUCCUUCCCCUGUCGCUUUCUCUCUCUACAGCUUCCAUGGCUCUCUCUCCUCUUCCGAAUACUCUUUUCCUCUAGCCUUCACUUUUUUUUUCUCCUUUUUAUCCAUAUAAAAUGUUGAGGUUCCAGAGCAACCAGCGGGUUUGAAGUUUGAACUCAGUCAGUCCCCCCCGCAAGUUCUCUCUCUCUCUCUGAUCAAAUGCGGCGAGAUCUGUGUGAGUAGGGGUGAACACUGAACACUACCACGGGUCUCUCGUCCUCCCCUUCCGCUCCUUGCAUUUGCUCCCGGCGGCGGCGGGCGGCUGCUCCGGGAGGGCGCUUGCUGAGCUGCUCUGGUCAGUUCUUGGAGCCGCCAGCAAACUGCCAUUUGGGUGGGCAGGGGAACAAGAAACGAACAGCUUCCUGAGCUUAAGACAGCAUGGAUCAGUACGAGGUGCUGGAGCAGAUCGGUAAAGGAGCAUUUGGCUCUGCUCUGCUGGUCAGGCAUAAGCUGGAGAGGAAGAAGUAUGUGUUGAAAAAGAUCCGCCUUGCGCGUCAGACAGACCGCACUCGCCGGUCUGCCCACCAGGAGAUGCAGCUCAUUGCUACAGUGAGGAAUCCAUUCAUUGUGGAGUACAAGGAUUCAUGGGUGGAUAAGGGUUGCUCCGUCUGCAUUGUUAUAGGGUAUUGUGAGGGAGGAGACAUGGCUGAAGCUAUUAAAAGAGCUAAUGAUACCCACUUUUCUGAAGAGAAGCUUUGCCAGUGGCUAGUGCAGCUUCUCAUGGCCCUUGACUAUUUGCAUGCACAUCACAUUCUUCACCGUGAUGUGAAGUGCUCGAAUAUAUUUCUUACUAGGGAUCAGAAUAUAAGACUUGGUGACUUUGGGCUUGCUAAAAUAUUGACCGCUGAUGAUCUAGCAUCCUCGGUUGUAGGAACACCAACUUAUAUGUGCCCAGAACUUCUUGCUGAUAUACCUUAUGGUACCAAAUCUGACAUUUGGUCACUAGGAUGCUGCAUGUAUGAAAUGACUGCACUCAAACCUGCUUUUAAAGCUUUUGAUAUGCAAGCCCUUAUAAACAAGAUUACUAAGUCGAUAGUAUCACCUUUACCAACAAGAUAUUCUGGUGCAUUUCGAGGACUUGUUAGGAGCAUGCUACGGAGAAGUCCAGAGCACAGGCCAAGUGCAGCUGAACUACUUAAGCAUCCACAUCUACAACCGUACAUGCUGCAAGUCCAUUUGAAAUCAGGCCCUUCUCGUAGCAUAACUCCUGUUCAUCAAUCUCCAAAUGAGAAGAGAAUGACAUUUUCCACAGAGCCUGUUUGCAGAAGCAAGGGCAGGAGGAACUCUUUGGGCAGUGAAAGGAUAGUAACCUUUAGCACACCUUCUCCUGAUAAAAACUCUGUCAGCUCUAUUAGGAGUAUAAAGGACUACACCACCACACAGAGUGUCAAAGAGCUAUCUGUUGAUGACAGCCAGGUUGAGGUUACUAGUAAACCCGUAGCAUCAAGGACCUCAAAUGUUGUAAAGGCUCCGAAGACAACUCCGUGGAAGAUGAUGACAACUCUAAGGAAUCGGCUAGAAGCUCCACAAGCAUCAUAUGAUAGAACAAGCCAUACAGAGCAGUUUUCAAGAACUCCAGUUGACAACAGGCACGGCCAUCUGGCCCGCAGAGCAUCGCUUCCCCUGCCAGUAUUUGAGACCCCGAACCCGAAGCGCAGCAGCAUGAGCAUCCUGGAGCGACUGGAGUCCCCCGACGUCUCCGUGAACUCGCCUCGCAUCGACAGGAUCGCCGAGUUCCCGCUAGCUUCGUGGGAGGAGGGCCCCCUGUUCUCGAUCGUGAAGCCCUCGACACCCACCGCCGCCACGCCUCCGUUCGUGGACUGGUCCAUCACCAAGGACAAGUGCACGGCCCAGACGCUCCGGUCCGCUGCCACGGCGGGAGCCGACGGUGGUGACAACGGCAGGAGCGACGACGGCGGCGGCGGCGGCGGUGGCAGCGGCUCGUCCUCGGGUCGCGACACCACUGUGACGGCGGCGGCGUCGAGCCGCGGGUCGUCGGGAUCGUCGUUGCUGAUGCUGAGGCAGCAGCCGAAGGGGCGGUUCGACACGACGUCGUACCAGCAGCGCGCGGAGGCGCUGGAGGGGCUGCUGGAGUUCAGUGCCCAGCUGCUGCAGCAGGAGCGGUACGAGGAGCUGGGCGUCCUGCUGAGGCCGUUCGGCCCCGACGAGAAGGUGUCCCCCAGGGAGACGGCCAUCUGGCUCACCAAGAGCUUCAAGGAGGCAACGGCCACAGGAUUGUAGUAGAUGGCAUCACAGUUACUGGCGUGUAGGCUGGUCAGCCGGUCAGGUAGGCUAAUACUAAGAGAAGAGAUAGGCAUUAGCGUUGACGGAUCAGUUGUUUGCUGGGAGUGGACACCGUCUCAGUGUUGCCCCAGCUAGUUUAUUGCUAGGAGUUCUUGGUUACUGCGGUGCUAGCUAGUGAUGUACCAAGUCCUCCAUAAUUUAGCAGUAGAGCUAGAGCUGAAGGUGUCUUGAGCUAGGAUUAGUGAAAUGAAAUUCCUGAACUGUGAUGUAACCCAAGGUUGUACUACUUGUAACACCAUCUGGGGGCCGCAGAGCCACUAGUAGUUUCAUAUGCAUCAGUGCUGACUGAUGAAGAACAUUCAGACAAGGCUUUUUCGAUUGCUACGUACUAGUA